AUGACUGAGAUUGAUGAGUCUGUAUUGUUGGGAGAGAAUGACGAUCAUCAGGAUGUGAAUCUUAUUGAUGAAGAUUCGCUACUCGAUGAUGAUAGGUCAGUGGUUUCUUGUUGUUUUUUUAAUAUCAAAUGUUCAAAAAACAUGUUUUUUCAGUAGCUUUCCCGUAGUCAAAGAUGAAGUUGAAGAUUUGUAUGAUGAUGCUAUUGCUCCAUCGAAUAUUUCAAUGGAAAAGGUUCCAGAGUCUCCAGUUGUCAGCAAACCGGUGACUAACACAAAUACGAAUACAGUUUAUCAAGCACAUCCAGAUGGCAAAAAGUGAGUUUUUCUUUUGAAAUUCAAAAAAGUAACCACAGAAAUGAGAUUGUACAAUAAAAAUCGGUAUUUUGUAGAUUUUGCGUGUACGUCGGUAAUUUACAAUGGUACGCCACUGACGCUGACCUAACGAUCGCCAUUUCUCAAACUGGAAUUCCAUACGAUCAACUUGUUGAUAUGAAGUUUUUCGAGAAUCGAAGUAACGGUCAAAGUAAAGGUUAUGCUCUUGUUGUAUUCAAUUCCGAAGCCGCAGUUAGACAACUAAUGGAAACUUUGCCUACAAAAUAUAUUCAUGGUCAACAACCAUCAGUUGUAUCUUAUAACAAGGCAAAUCAAGCAAAACUUGAAGAAGUGACAGCAAAGCGAGGCGAGCCAAAAAAGAAGGUACUUUUUUUUUAUUUUUCGAAAUUCUUCGCUUUUUUUGGUACAAUUUCAUUUUGUUCAAAAAUCUCUCUUCUCUCUCUCUUUUCAUUCGAUCGAUAAUGUAAACACACUGAAGAGUGGGAGAGACAGAUGACUAGACGGCGCAGGCGGUUAGCGCACAAAUUCUCCAAUCUGAAGACCCUAGAUCGAUUCCCUCAUGCAUCUUAAACUCAGCUGUAUUUUGAACUUUGAGAUUUAUAGCUGGUAGCUGGUGCGAAACUGAAUGGAGACUUACCGGCGUUAGUUCGAAUACGGGCUGGCGUUAAAAGUAACCCAUACAUUUUUCUUUGAAAAUUUUUUAAACGAUUGAAAAAUGAAUUACAGCUUGAACUAUACAAACAUAUGAUUUUUUUGCAGACCGAUGAUGGUAGAGUUGAUAUGGGAACAAUUCGAAUUGGUCAAGGAGGAUCAGCAGGUUCAACAUCUACAACCUCAACAACAAAAUCAAGACCACAACCAUUAAUGAGUGAUUUUAAUAUUAUUCGAUCUCAACCAAUGCAUGUUCCACAACCGCCUGUUCAAAUGAGACUUCAAAUUAAUGGCCAACCUGUUCAAGCACCAAAUAUGAUGCCACAAGUUCCCCCACAAAAUUUGAUGAUGGGCGGAAUGCCCCCACAACAACAACAAAAUAUGUUAGGAAGAACUAAUUUGAUGGGUGCUGCUCCGAUGUCAAUGAUGGGUGUGCCAUAUCAAUCGAGACCUCCACCAAUGUCUUCGAUGGGUCAACCACAACCUCUUAUGCAAAUGAAUCCAGCUAUUCGCCCGCCGAUUAAUGGAAUUCCACCAGUUCAUGUGAAUCCGCAAAUGUUCCCAGGGAUGCAAGGUCCGCCAUUGGGCGAGAUUGAAUAUGAAGAUGUUGUGAAUCGUAAUCGAUCAGUUUCGAGUUCCGCUAUAACCAGAGCAAUGUCUGAUGCUUCAAUGGGAGAUAUUAAUGGAGCAACAGAUGUUUUGCAAACUGCGAUUGCGCUUAUUAAACAGAGCAGAGUUGGACAUGAUGAAAGAUGUCGUCAACUUGUUUAUGCAUUGGAGGAAACUUUGAAAAGUGUGGAAGCAAAAGGAUAUUCUUCUUCAUCUCGUUCAAGAUCACAUAGAGAUUAUCGAGAUCGAUCGAGAAGUCGAGAUAGAAAAAGAAGAAGACGAAGUCGUUCACGGUAUGUGAUAUAGGGAAGCUUAAAACUAAACUAUUAUUUUCAAAUCUGAAAAAAUUAGUAAAUUCCUAAGUUUCCAGCUCAUAUUCUCGUUCUCCAUCACCAAGAAGAAGUCGACGAUAUUAA